CGUGAAGACGAAUGGUAGCAAAAGGCGAUGCGAAAACCCAACUCUGAAGAAUCAGGUGAAGCUGAGAGUUAGAGAGUGACUCUUUCAGUUUCUUGUUAGGAAUCAACGAAGAAAACAAGUCCUUCAAUUUUAUAUCAUUAUCAAACGUUGAGUGUGCAAUGGAUUGGGCAUUUGUGCAAAAAUCUUGGGAGAAAUGGGCUUCCACCAAUAUUGGCUCUUCUGGUCAGCCAUUGAAGGCUGCUUUGCUGAUUAACUAUGACCCACUCAGACCAUCUCGGCUGUUGUCUACUAUUGCAGAACAGGAAGGAAUGAAAAUCAGCCCAAUUGGAUUGAGUCAAUUGAUCAGUUUCAUCAAGCGCAACCAACUGCAAAAAGAGACUUUUGUGAUCGGGAAUAACCAAUACCUGGCUACAUCAAUCCAUGAAAAUUGGUUCUGUGCGAGGUGCCUCAAUGCAUCAAAAUCCUCUGGUGAAGGUGCAAUUGUCAUGCAGACAUCAGGGUUUCUCUUGGUUGCGCUGUACGACGGGUCAGUUGGCUUAGCAUCUCGUGCCAUGGUAUCUGUUGACCAACUUGUUUGGUCAUUGAAUCGAAGGAACCUUUAACCUUGGCCUCCAUAUCAAAAGAGUAAUUCUAAGUUACCUUGCUAAAAGGAUGUGCAACUUCUAUGCUGUAUCUGGCGCUUUAUUUAUUAUAAUGGCAUUGUUUUCUUGUGGUAAUGAGAAAAUACAUAAUUGUCAAGAAUGUAACAGCAAUUGAGUAAUCAUAGCAGGCAAGUUGUAGAGAUCAUUAUUUCAGACUACAGACCGUCUAUCUGCAACAUAUGAUCAUAUAACCAGUAAAUGAGUACGACAGAGGCUCGGAGUUGCAUGAAAUUAAAAGGAUGGAAAUGGAUUGGGAUGUAAUGUGGUUGUGAAUAAUGAAAUUCUAGUUUGCAGGAAGUUACCUCUGUUCUGUAUGUCCAAAAUAUUAACCAUUGGUGUUACCAUUUUACCAAGUAUUUUUUUCCC